UCAAGUGGGAGGGAAGAAUGAGCUCAGAACCUGUUUCCACACUGGCUUUUCUUCAGAUACAGGUGUCAACAAGACCCAAGGGAGAACGAUACGACAUAAAGCAGAUGAGACGGACAAACACCAUUAUCCUUGCCUCACUCCCGGGGGUCUGGUGGGCAGAGCAGCUCAGAUAUGGCAAAGUUCCUGGUGAUGUGAGAACGGGGAGAAUGCUGCUUCUCAGCUGUGGUGGCUGGCAGUCCUGGGUAAGGGUAAGGCUGAUUUUCUUUCCAUGAGAGUGUUCUCUAUUUCCUUAUCCUCAGGGCACAGCCUUCCUGACAGAUACUCCUUAAGGUGAAUUCCUGAGCCAAAUCCCGAGCUGUCUUCUGGCAUCCCAUCCCGGAAAUCCUGCCGUGAUUCCGAGGAAGUGGCAAACCAAGAAGCAUGACGUAUGCCAGCUUCAUGUGAACUGAUCAGCAUGAACAGGCAGGAAAAUGAAGCUCAUGAAUCUCAUUUCUCUAGAUAGAGGUGGGAGGGAAAUGACCACUUUUUGGCUAAGUUCCCCCAUGGAACACCUAGAGGAUAGCAUUUUAAGUCUUUAGAAGAAGAAAAGUGGCAGAAGCUAUUUGGUCUGGAUGCAUAUUUCAGCCAACAAAAUACUAUGUCACAUAAGCUCUCUGAUGGUUUCUCGACUGGCUAGACAUUUUUGUAAAAUGAGCCAACAGGGAGUAUUCAACUGGUAUUUGAUUUUUUUUUUUUUUUUGAGGCAGAGUCUCACUCUGUUUCCCAGGCUGGAGUGCAAUGGCAUAGUCUCUGCUCACUACAACCACCGUGUCCCUGGUUCAAGUGAUUCUCCUGCCUCAGCAUCUUGUGUAGCUGGGAUUAUAGGAGUGCGCCACCAAGCCUGGCUAAUUUUUGUAUUUUUACUAGAGACAGGGUUUCACCAUGUUGCCCAGGUUGGUCUCGAACUCCUGACCUCAGAUGAUCCACCAGGCUCGGCCUCCCCAAGUGCUGGGAUUACAGGCAGGCAGGAUCCUGUGAGACUGGCCACAGCAGACCACAGAAGCUCAUCUCCAGCUGAGCCAGGGCGAGGAAGCAGACACAGUGAUGGUGCAAACCUCACCAGGGCAGAUGGAGGAAGAAGAGGAAGAGGAAGAGCAUCAAAGGGGAAAAAUACGGUAAGAGAAGGUUACGAAGCAAGGGGUGGGGGCUUGGUAGCAGCAGAGAAGGCGAUUGGGGAAAGGGUGUGCAUCAGGCAUGCCUCAACCUGCGUGCGUGUGCGUGUGCGUGUGUGUGUGUGUGACUGUUUGUGGUCAGAUGCAAGAUUUCAGCUAAGGCAAAUUCCAGUUUCAGGGGAAAAUGAGGUUCCAAUUUAUAUAAAUAAUACAAUCCUAAUGAAAAAGGGAAUGUUUUUCCCUUUCAAAUACAUACCCAUAAUUUAUGUGGUGACGCUGACUUAUAAGUUCACUUUUCCAUACCUCGUCAAGAGUGAUACUUUAUGUGUAGCCCUCCUUCAGAUAAAUGGAUUUCUCCAAGUAUUUCAUUCUAAGUGGAUCAUGAGCAUUUUAUGAAUACUGUGGACUAGACCAGGAAAGGAAAUGGGAAACUCGGCUGUAAAUGUACAUGGGCAGGUUUGAGUCCUGAUCGAAAUGGCACCGCUACAGGACACAGAAACAAAACAGAAAAGGGAACAAUCGUGUGCAGUAAAUGUGACUGUUUCUAAAAUGUGUAUCCAAUCAGGAAGGCUUCUCUGUAACUACAGGUUACUGAGUCACGAGGUGGAGGAAAUAAGCUGAUUAGAUUUCCUCCCUGGCAAAAUUUCUUUCCAAGAAAAGUAGGAUUUAUUAUUUAAGAAGCAGGAAAAGUAGCUGUGUGGUUGAAGAGCCUCUCUUCUGGAAGGGAGACUAACUCUCUCACGCACUGUUUAUAACGCUGCCCUCCCUAAUCUGCUCAGGCACUUCCCAGUUCAUCACUACUAUACGCAGCAUGCUGUAGAAGCGGGUUAAGACGGUAGCCACAUACUUUAUUAUGCAAGACCGAACUGUUGUUUCAAGUGACCUAAAGGAAGUCUGGUGGGAAAGAAUGCAGUGACAUGAGCAUUGCUGGGACUGUCCCGGGCUAGCAGAAGUGUGGUCUCUCCACCUGGGUGGCAUCUGGGCUGACAACUGCCUGGUGCAAAGAGAGCAACUAAGCCGGUUAGGGAGGAAAUCUAAGCUCCAGGCUUGGAAAAUGGUGAUAGAUUCGUGUGCAGGCAUGUAUUUUACACAUAUUAACCCACUUGACCCUAGUACUAGCUCUGUGAGGGAGGUAAUUACAUGGUCCCCAUUUCACAGCGAAGGAAACUCAGGCACAGUGAGUUAGUGUUUGCCCAAGGUCACACAUUAGGAAGUGGUAGAGCCAGACAGGCUGGCUCUGGGGCAGAGAUUCUCAAACUCAGCUGCACAGGAGCGUUCAGAUGUGCGCACCCAGGCUGCACCCCAAUCUGCGCAUAUCCGAAACCCUGAAGCAGGACCCGGCAUUGCUUGUUUUCCUUUUUAAAUUAUGACGGUAAAAUGUGUGUAAUAAUGUAAAAUUAACCAUGUUAGCCAUCCUAAAGCACACAAUUGCUGGUGUUAAGUACAUUUACACUAUCAUCCAGACACUGUCUAGUUUCAGAAUGUCUUCACCAUCCCAAAAGGAGAGCUUGCACCCAUUAAGCAGACACUCAAGACACUCCCCAUCCUCCUUCCUCACCCCAGCCCCUGACGAGCCCCAAUUUGCUUUUUGACUCAAUGGACUUACCUGUUCCAUAUAUUUUAUGUAAACAAAAUCGAUAUAAAUAGAUGAUCUUUUGUGUUUGGUUUCUUUCACUUCGCGUAUUGUUUUCAAGGUUUGCUCACACCGCAGCGUGUAUCAGUAUUUCAUUCCUUGUUCAGGCUGAAUGCUUCUCCUUUGGAUGUAUGUAGCACGCUCUUAUCCACUCAUCUAAUCAUGGGUAUUGGUGUGGUUUCUAGUUUUGGCUAUUGUGAACAGAGUUGCUAUAAGCAUUUGUGUAUGUGUUUUACUUGUUUUUAAUUUUUUUUUUUUUUUUUUGAGAAAGAGUCUUACUUUUGUUGCCAAGGCUGGAGUGCAGUGGUCCUAUCUUGGCUCACUGCACCCUCUGCCUCAGUCUCCCAAGUAGCUGGGAUCACAGGUGCCUGCCACCACGCCCAGCUAAUUUUUGUAUUUUUAGUAGAGACAGGAUUUCACCAUGUUGGCCAGGAUGGUCUUGAACUCCUGACCUCAGGUGAUCCACCCGCCUCGGCCUCACAAAAUGCUAGGAUUACAGUGUGAGCCACCGUGCCAAGCCUGUUUUUAAUUCUUUUGGGUAUAUUCCUAGGAGUAGAAUUGUGGAUCAUAUGUUAUUCCUAUGUUUAACUUGCUGAGGAACAGCCAAAAUGCUUUCCACAGUGGCUAUACCAUUUUACAUUCUCACCAGCAAUGAACAAGGGUUCCAGUUUCUCUGCAUCCUGGCCAACACUUGUUUUCAGUUUGUUUGAAGAGCUGUCAUUCGUGUGGGUGAAGCAGUGUCUUACUAUGGUUUUGAGCGGCACUUCCCCCACCGCGAAUGAGGUGGAGCAUCUUUCUGGGUGCUUGCUCCCAUUAGGCAUCUGUGUUUCGGAGUCGAGGCUGGGCCCCACCGCUCUGAUCUCUGCUCCUGACCAUCACAGCACAUUGCCCAGGUUGGAGGUGGCUCAUUUUUUUCUCUCUUAAGGAACAGAGCCUUAAGCAACAGCCAUCAAUAUUUCUACUGGCCCCAAGACCUGUAACUUCAUAUGCAUGGAUUUCACGUGCAAGGUGCCAACCUCUGUGAGCAGCAUCUGUGCAAGAACUGCAAUUCCAUCCUUCUGUCCUCUCCAAAAAGUAUAUCAGAGAGGGAAUAAUCAUGUUUUUCCAGGUGAAACUGAAUGGCUUUUGUUUGUUCAAGUAAAUCACUCACAAAUUUGGGUACAUUAUUAUUAAUUAGCAAAUAACGAAUCAGCCCCUCCUGGGGACUCCCCGCCACCUCCUUUUAGAAUUGCUGCAAAGCACAACAGCCAGUCAAGUGGCUGUUCCCAUGACUGCAGGGAGGGGCUGCGGGGCAUAUGCAUCUCAACGUCACCCAUGACGUUCACCUUCAAAGCACUCAGCAGUUUCCCUGAUGUUCUCCUGGUAAUCUUGUCAUUUAGCCCCGGCCCUUCCUGUUUUCCAGCAAGACUCAGACUCUGUAGCUCUUCUGCCAUGCCCCCUCUGUUCUCCCAUUGAGAUAUUAUCUCUUGUUGGAAAUAAAAAGAGGGGAUAGAGGAAGGCGACUGCUGUGGAGCUGCUGGUGCCAGAAUGCAGGGAGGGCAAGAGCUCAGAUUUCUGGGAACCAGGGAGAAUUAGAAAGAAGGCCUGGUGAAAGCUGUGCAUUUUCUCAUCCAAAGGCAGGUGGUGCAGAGAGGGAGACACAAGGGAUACGGGGUAUUCCUUCGCUUCUUUCCAACUCAAGGUGAGCAAGUCAGAGCAGUCACGAGGAAAAUCCAAGAGCUACAAAAGUUACCUAAUAGGAGGGCCGCAAUCCAUUAGGAGGUUGGAGAGCAGAUACAGCUGCUGAUUCUCUGGUGGCACCAGGAGGGGUGUGAUGCUCUCAGCUCCAGACUUGGUGAUGGGGAUCCAGUGGGGGGCUGCUCAUUAACCAGCAGGAAGCAUUCCCCAGGCCAGGGCCCCUGCACAGGGACAGCAGAAAGUGCUGCAGAGGGGAAGGGCUUGCCUCUGAGAGUCCAGUCAGGACUCAGCAGCCCUGAGGCAGCUUUGACCUCCAGGCUGUGUCAGCCCCCAGCUUGCAGGUGGCUGGAUGUGGCCUCCCGCUUCCUAGAGAACAGUUAGGAGCCAGCGCUCUGAGAACCUGCCCAUGGCCAUCCACUAAGCCCUUCCUUAUCCUGACUCACAAAAAGGUCCUUCAGCCUUACAUGGGUCACGUUUGUGCACAGGGCAGGUGGGAGGCAGCUGGAGUGAUGGGGGGUGGGCUACAGAAGGGAAGGGGCCCAUUUCCCCUCAUCUUCCCGCUUUGUCUUUCUCUCAGAGCUGGCGCUCCACCUCGGCUCCUGUUAGAUUCUCCUUUGGUUGGUUUCUAAGGCACAACUCUACUAGCUUUUAAGCAAAACUAUAGGUGCUAUUCAAAGUCUCCCUCUCCCCAAGUGCAGGUAUCCUUCAGCGGCCCACUGGGCCCUGUUGCCCUCCAUCUUCCCUCUGACACAGCGACCUCUAAAGCCUUGGCCCAUAGAUGCUCUCCAUGCCACUAAGGUCUUGUCCCGGUCCCUCCCCUGCCUGUCCGCCAUAAACGCCCUUGACUUGCUCCCAAAUUUCUUGACUUUCUGUGACUCACUCUUGAAUUUCCUUAGCUCCCUUUCCUGGGAAACCUGCCAACUGGAAAUGCAUAUCCCUCCCUGCCAUGGCUCCCGGCUUUCUGGCCUCCUCUGAGAUCCACCCCCGAGUACCCCUUCGGAGCCAGGUGAAGGUGUAGGAAGGGAGGUGGGGUGCUGGCAGCCGGCUGUAGCAGAGCAAGCCAGGGCUGCCGUUCAGACACCCCCGUGGAGAACCACUGCUCCAGGUGUGCCCAAGCCCCUUAUCAUCUACUCUGCGUGUGUGUGAACAGACAUACACAUAUGUAACUUCAUCCCACCACAAAAAAAAUCUCACAUCUUUUAAACACUCAAGCCCACAAUUCCAAUUUUAAUACAGGAACCACACAUCCUAUUUCUGGGUGGUGUGGUUUUCCAAGUUCCUGAGACCUUCUCUGUGUCAAGGUUUGCUAUAAACUCCAAGCCUGAAAGGCAUUUAUCUUCCCCAGGUGGCCCCUCAGCUCCACUGUUCUGUGCUUGGCUUGACUUUGUCUCUGUUUCUGGGAGGCAAUGUGAAGUGCGAGUGUCUGUCACUCCUCAUGAACAGAGUCACCUCCUGAUGAGUGCUGGCGGGCUGAAGGCACCCAUUUUCUCAGUCCCACAGGGGUGUGUCACUUCUCCCAAAAGGGCAGGAGGUGGCAUCUGUGGGGCCUUCCCCACCUGCGGUCAAAGUCAGGUGUGUCCAGGCUGCCACCUUCCUCCCAGGCACACUUUCUCCAGGUGCCCUGUGUUCCUGAACCUGUCUUCACACUGCAAGCAAAACACCAUCCCCACUUUGUCUACAAUUUUAUCUCCCACUUUCUGAGCAGCUUUAAAACU